AUGCAGCCAGAGACAAUUGGUUGGUAUGGCCUUGGAUCCAUGGGGAUCAAGAUGGCGCUGAACCUCCAGAGGCAUUUAUCUGCACAAGGAAUGGCUCCUCUGCGAUACAGUAAUCGCACGCUGUCGAAAGGGGAGGAGCUUCAAAAGAUCGGGGCUAUACCGGAAUCUGAGUUUCAGGAGUUAGUGAGCCGAUCAUCUAUCAUUUUCACUAUGGUAGGAGCACGUCUGGUACCCAAAAGCACCCGAGAAAUUGCUCACGUUAGACAGAUUACCGAUGACCAAGUGUUGGAGAAGCUUGUCGCCGAGGCGUUGCAGAAAGACAUCAACAUGCAGGGGAAGAUCUGGAUCGACACUUCCACGGUGCACCCCGAAACAUGCUAUAGAUGCUUUACGAAGCUCACGGAGAGAGGCUCUACGUUUGUGGCAUCUCCUGUAUUUGGGGCCAGUCCGGUAGCGGCCGAGGGAAAGCUCAUAUUCGCCAUUGCUGGUACAGCCAGUGCCAUUAAACGGUUACGGCCCUUUAUAAUCGAUGUCGUGGGCCGAAAGAUGAUUGAAAUGGGGGAAGAUGUUCGUAAAUCAAGUCUUCUGAAAAUCUCCGGCAAUAUCUUUGUGCUUGGAUUCCAAGAACUGAUUGCCGAGGCCCAGGUCUUUGCAGAGAAGUCAGAGCUCGGAACGGCACAGAUGGAAGAGUUUAUUGGGAGUAUGUUUGGACCUGUUCUGCAAAGUUACUCGAAACGUAUGACUUCAGGUGCCUACGCGCCUCCUCUGGAUGUCACCCCUGGCUUCUCAGCGGCUCUAGCCACCAAGGAUUGCAAACACGCUUUAUCAAUGGCUCAAAAUAACGGCACGCGUUUGAAGACAUUGGAGGCGGCACUUGGUCAUUUAACAGCUGCGCGGGAGUACGCUGGGGAGUCCUUGGAUAGUUCGUCUAUGUAUGGUGCUGUUCGGAUGGAGGCAAAUCUCCCCUUCUGGAGUGAAAACAGCCGACAGAGCAAUUAG